ACUGGCCUGUUAGGAAUGACAGCUCUGUAGAAGGGGAGAGAGAAAGAGAGAGAGAGGGUAAAUGGUGAUCCCUCCCAGAGCUCCGUCUCCACACUCUGCCGCGCUCUUCUCUGAGGGUCACACCGGAUUGCGUCCCCUCUUUCCCAGCAGCCUUUCCAAAGCGCUUUCAACCCCACCCCUCCCGCCUCCCGCCCGACUCCAAGCUGAGAACCGCCGGCUCACAUUUCUGGCAGUUCACGCUCUCCCGCGAAGUCGACCCUUUUCAGAACAGCGACGGGUGAUGGAAGGCAGAGAGGAGGUGGCGAUGGUGAGAUCGGCGGAGGGAGUCACUGGGAUCCCAGCUCGAGAACCGCAGGGGAAACCGGGCCACAGGAGCUGCCUGAGCCCCGGCGCUGCGCCCUACUCGCGGGAGAGGACCACGGAGCUUGCGCCGGAGGAGAGCGCACGGAGGAGCAUGUGUGCCGACACCAGGUCGGUCACCGGAUCUUCCUCCGGGGUACGGCAUCACAAAGAUGGCAGCAGUUCGGACAACGAGUCGGACUUCUAUGAGGAAAUUGAUGUGAGCUGCACCCCUGAGAGCAUGGACUACCCAACGUCUAAAGGUCGAAACGGAGAAUCUCCGGGUCAUUCUCCGGGUGAGACCGGCGCCGACCCGGGUAAGACAAUCCCUGGUCAGGGUUCUCUGUCCUACGGAGCGGACCAGAUCCGCCGGUACCGAACAGCGUUCACCCGGGAGCAAAUCGCCCGACUGGAGAAGGAGUUCUAUCGGGAAAACUACGUGUCCAGGCCGAGAAGAUGCGAGCUCGCAGCUGCUCUGAAUCUACCUGAAACCACAAUUAAAGUGUGGUUCCAGAACCGCAGAAUGAAAGACAAACGCCAGCGGUUGGCCAUGACGUGGCCUCACCCCGCCGACCCGGCCUUCUACACCUACAUGAUGAGCCACGCCGCGGCCACUGGGAACCUGCCCUACCCCUUCCCGUCCCACCUGCCGUUGCCCUACUAUUCUCCUCUGAGUGUUGGUGUCGGUGGCGCCCCGGCCCCUGGUGCCACACCUUUUUCAACCCCGCUGCGCUCUCUGGACAGCUUCCGGGUGUUGUCUCACCCUUACCAGAGGCCAGAGCUUCUGUGCGCCUUCAGGCACCCUUCCGUGUACCCGUCAGGCCCGGCCCAUGGCCUCGGCCCGGGUGGGAGUCCCUGUUCCUGUCUGGCCUGUCACACUAGUCCCUCCAACGGGAUCGCUAGCAGGCCAUCCGGUUCGGACUUUACCUGCUCCCCAACGAGCAGGACAGACUCUUUUGUCACUUUUACGCCUUCAGUGCUCAGCAAAUCUUCAUCCGUUACACUAGACCAGAGGGAAGAGGUGCCUCUGACCAGAUGAAACCAAAAACAAAACCGACUCUCCCCGUUUGUGUAAAGCAUCGACCUCUGCAUUAUUGGGCCGGGACUAAAACAGCAUGAAUAAAUCGGGAAGGAAAACAACAUUUCCGACGUUCAAGAAAGCGCUCAAAGAAUCUGUCCUGACUGUAACUGAAUUCUUACUUGACAACCAGGACAUCAAGACAGGGACACCAGAUAUGAUUUUUAGAAGACUUAUUUGAAGGGCGGCAAAUCCAAUUGGAUGGAUGUCAUUAAGGUUUUCUCUCACUGUUAUUGCUUGUCGCCUCUUUAGGCAUCUAAAUCGAUCUACGUGUUUAAUUAGUUACGCCAGAAUGAUGCUUUCCAUUUCUCUUUCGUUUUUUAAACUAGGGUAUUUUUUUAAAUUAUUUUUUUCCCAUAAGGCAGAUUAUGACCGUCUCAUUAAAAGCCACUCUCCACAUCGGGGUCCUAGAAGAGGCGGAGGCAGCGGCACGGGCCGAAAUGUGCACAUGCAAGUAAAAUUAGUAAGAGAUGUAUAUGUAGGAGCCGGCACAUUUUGAGCACUGAAUUAAUGGUAAUACGAGCAGGAAGGGAUCGUUGCUGACAAAAGGUAUAACAAGGCGCCGAGGGAACGGAUUAGACUUA